CUCGACGCCUAAAGGUGCUGGAAGGAGUGUAGGAGCGCUGUAGGGAAUUUACCAAAAGGACAUCUUUCUCUAUUAUUUGUUGUUGCUAUCUUUGUGUCUUAUUUAUAUUCCUAGAGAAGUGAUCUUCAGAAUUCAUGGGAAAGUAAUUUAAAAGGAAAGUUUGAUGCUAUUUUAAGCCCUUGCCUCCAGAAUAUGAUGGCGAGUCAAGUUGUAAAACCUGAUACUAGAAAUUGCAAGAGACCAAGAGAGCUGGAGCCUCAAAUGCCAGAUAGUCCACAUCUGUCCUCUCUUGGAAAAUCAGAUUCCUCUUUGUCUGAAAGCUCUGGACUAUUUUAUAAAGAUGAAUCCCUGGAGAAAGAUUUGAAUGACAUGAGCAAAGAAAUUAAUCUAAUGUUGUCUGCAUAUGCAAAGAUCUUAAGUGAGAGAGCAGCAGUAGAUGCAUCUUAUAUUGACGAGAUAGAUGGACUCUUCAAAGAAGCCAAUACUAUUGAAAACUUUCUAAUACAAAAAAGAGAGCUCCUGAGACAAAGAUUUACAGUGAUUGCAAACACACUGCACAGAUAAAAUUUGUACUUAAAAUAAGCUGAGAAUUUAAGCCCAUUAUUGUUGUAUUAAGAGAAUGACAUUUAUGCUCUGACACCUCUCUAGUUAUUAAAGAAACUGUGUACCUGAAACAUAGAAGGGGAAACUGCUUGAAUUUCUUUUCUAGAUUUAAAAGGGGCUUUAUGCUGGACAAUAAUAUGAAGUAUGUACCUUUUUUUUUUGAGGCUUAAAUAUUUGGCAUAUUUCAUAAAAGUGUAAAUUAUUUAAAUUAUAUGUAGGUUCUUUUUUUUUUCCUUAAACCUCCUAGCAUUUCUUAAAUUUCUAAAAGAGGACUCAAUGAGUUAAUUUGGUAAUAUGUAACAAUAUUGCACUUUUUCUUUGCAGUACUCUAAGUAGCAGAUAGGUAGCUAUGGAGAUAGUUUUAAAAUGUUUUUCAUGGUCAACAUCAUAAAAAAAACGAAACCUAAAGAUAAUUUGUCCAGUGUCACAAUAUGUAGUAAGAUAUAGCCAAGCUAUUGCUAUUUAAUGUUACCAUUUGAUUAUUUUCUCUAUUAGUUACAACAUAUGGCUAAUAAAAAUUCUUGGUUUAAAAUUAUUUUCUUGUGGUAAAAGUGAAAAAAUAAAAACCAGAAAUUACUAAUCAGAA